AAAGCCGGAAACAGGACAUUUUCCUGAACUGAAAGCAGUUUACCUGUAGCCCAAACACCUGCUGGGUUAUAUUCUCCAUUUAUUCAUGGUUUCCCAGGAGCCUGUCUGGAUCAGCUGUUAAGAAGGGGGGACAGGAAAUGCAGCAGAGCGGAACUCCAUUUCCCAGCUGCCCCUGCGCGGACCGCCUCCCUCUGCGCAGAAUGAACCCAGGAGGUGCAGGAGCAGCAGGAGACACACCUGCGCUGACAGCCUCCUCCAGGAUGAGCUCCUCUCUCCUCUUCUACCUGUGCUCCCUGCUGUGCGUGGCUCUGGGUGUGGCCAGCGUGGCGUGCGUGAGUCUGUGGAGCAGCAGGUGGCGUGGCGGCUUCGCCUGGGACGGAUCGGGUCUGCAGUUCAACUGGCACCCGGUUCUGAUGGUGACUGGCCUGCUGGUUCUGUACGGCUACGGAGCGGUGGUGUACCGCGUCCCGCUGACCUGGGGUCAGAAUAAACUUCCCUGGAAGCUGCUCCAUGCAGCUCUGAUGCUGCUCUCCCUCAUCCUGUCCAUCCUGGGGCUCUGCGCCGUCUUUGACUUCCACAACGCCCAGAAGAUCGCCAACCUCUACUCGCUGCACAGCUGGAUCGGGAUCACUGCCGUGGCUCUUUUUGCUCUUCAGUGGGCGGUGGGCUUCGCCGGCUUCCUGCUGCCCUGCUCCCCCGUGGCGUUCCGUAAACUCCUGAAGCCCGUCCAUGUGUGGCUGGGCGGCAGCAUCCUGCUGCUCAGCGUCGCCGCCUGCAUCUCCGGCAUCAACGAGAAGCUCUUCUUCGUCCUGAAGGGGACGCCUAACGGGACGCAGCCGUACUCCAGCCUCCCAGCAGAGGCCGUGUUAGGAAACUCAUUGGGGGCGUUAAUCGUGGCCUUCGGCUUGGUGGUCCUAAAGAUCUUGGCCAACGUUAACUGGCAGAGGCCAGACUCCAGGCCUGGAGACACGGCGUACACGGUGAGAGGAGCUGGAAAAAACAUCCAGAAAUAA